UUGUUUUUUUUAAUUAUUAUUUAUUCCUCGUUUUUGGGAGACCCGCCACCGGGCAUGGAGGAUGUAAAAGACCCGCCGACCGUCCAUCGGUCCUCCUCCUUCAGCAUCAAGAGCCUCCUGCUGCCCUCCAAGUGCGACAGACCGGACUCCGCCGCUGCUGCUGCUGCCGCUGCCGCCGCCGCUGUCGUCGGCAUCCCAGUGACCCUCUCUCCUUCACCGGGCUCGGACUCCGAGAAGUCGCUUGACCCACCGGAGGUGGACUCCGCAGCCGCGGUACUGGAUCUUGAGAAACCGGGCAAGGAGGAGCAGGGGGAAGAGGAGGAGGAGGGCGGAGGGGGAGGCGGAGGAGGGGACGGCGCUAAGGCCACAUCGGAGCAAAAUACUAACAGUAAUAAUAGCGGUAAAAACGGGAAAUAUGACAAACCUCCGUUCAGCUACAACGCCCUGAUCAUGAUGGCCAUCCGGCAGAGCCCCGAGAAGCGACUCACGCUGAACGGCAUCUAUGAGUUUAUCAUGAAAAACUUCCCGUAUUACCGGGAGCACAAGCAGGGCUGGCAGAACUCCAUCCGGCACAACCUGAGCCUCAAUAAGUGCUUCGUUAAGGUACCCAGGCACUAUGACGACCCGGGGAAGGGGAACUACUGGAUGCUGGACCCGAGCAGCGAUGAUGUUUUCAUCGGGGGGACCACCGGAAAGCUCCGCAGGCGUUCCGCCACCUCCCGGGGCAAACUGGCGAUGAAGCGCGGGCUGCGCUUCGCUCCUCUCAGCCUGGGGAUUAAUGAGCGGGCGAACAACCCGCUCUACUGGCAGAUUUCUCCAUUUCUCUCCCUGCACCAUCACCACCACCACCACCCGCACUACAACGGAUCUUCACCCGGGUUUUUGAACCAGGCGGCCGGCUACGGGUCGCUGCUGCCCGCAGUGGAGCAGCUGAGCAACGGGGACCUGGGGCGCUCCAUCCUCGGCGGGUCGGCCGCCGGGGCGCUGGGCUUGACGAACAGUUACGGGAUGAGCACGUCGCCGGUAGGUCUGCUCUCCGGUCAGACUGCCGGGUAUUUUGUCUCAGGGUCCCAACACGCUGCUGCAGGGGCACCGGGGCCGCCGGGAGGAGGACCCCCGCCUCCUCCGCCGCCGCAUCUCCAGCAGGGCGCACCGGGAUUCGGCGGUCUGGCAUCCAGCAGCUCCCCUCAGUCCCUGCUGUCGGACUCCCUCAGAAACAGCUCCCUACCGGCCUUCUCCCCGGGCGUGUCCGCGGGAUUCCCCGGGGUGCUGUCCCAUCAAAAGCGAGUGACCCCAAACGCUUUCCUGAACUGA